AUGUCAGAUCUUGCGCCUAUGAACUUCGUCUUCAGCUAUGAAAAUCGCCAUCUCAUAGCUCAUAAACCGCCUUGUCUAGAUACGGCCAAAACAGAAGUGAAAGACCUAUUCAACCUGAGUCUUGAACCAAAACUUAUAAAUUUCCACGCCUGCUUGCAUCAUCUUGGAUGUGACCAUCGUAGUCUCUUAGCCGAAGUCACUCCAUCUUCAUGGCCAGGGCUGGGUCCUAAUACACAUCUGAUCAUCACCCAGAGUUCCAACGUCAUAUCAAGCUCUUCCACAACUCGACCUGACUCAGAUUCUCAGCCGAUUUCUAGGUCCGCUUCUUCCAGUGGCCGCACCAUGCUCAUCAGUGAAGAAGCGACAUUCAAAACAACUCAAGUGGCGACCAAGACAAAACACAAGAAAGCUCUAACAGAUGAACAAUUUUACCAUGAGAAUGUCAAACAAAAUGUUUCACCAAUUCCUCUACCACGCAAACCUUUACAUAUCUCAUCCCUCAAAAAACUUCCUGCUAACCCGCGAUCUUUAUUAGACCGCCGUGAAAAACCCGUUCCGAAACCUAUCGAAGAUAAACCGCGUUCGCCUUUGAUUUCUCCUCAAGCACGCGUUCCUCUUUCUCCAUUAAAACCCAACACAUAUCUGGUAGAUGUUUCCGUAGGUCGAACGCCCGAUUCACCAUCUUUACCUCACUCAGAACCACCUUUGGAAAUAUCGGUACGGCCAGAGGCGGAGCAAGAAGAUCAAAACCUUGAUCAGGGCACACGGCUGCAGGAUCAACCCGUUCAAGAGAGUCAAUCUCAACCGGAAAACUGGGAUAAUCUUCAACUUAUGCUCGACUCACUCCUCGCCAUCUCACCUACUUCCGAGUCUCCCGCACCAUUCCUACCUCCACUUCUUGACCAUCCCCUCGAAUUACCCUAUUUCAAUCAAGAUGAUAGUGAUGAUGAUGAACAAGUGGAAAUUUUCUCGCACCAGAAUGAAAACGUUACCGUCCAGGUAGAAACAGAUGAUACGGCCCCCUUAAAACCACUGGACAAGGAGGUUCAGGGAACAUAUAUAGAAGCUUUGACCCGAAGGCUCACUGUCACUCCAGUCUCCUUGUCUGCACCAUCUAGUCCAUCGUACUACUUCACGCUUGAGAGUCCAGCUCAAGGUCUUGGCUAUGAUCCGAGUCAUCUGACAAACAGUCCAGUUCCGAUGCCGACUCAUGGACUCGAAAUACCAGAAAAAUUAUUUGGUUUAAAGUCCCCAUAUGAGCUAGAAGACGAAAACCAAUUCGUAGUGGAAAAGCUGAUCCCCGAGAACCCAGAGACUAGACCGCAAGUCACGACAGAAAAGGCAGCCGAAAGCUAUCAUGAAGGUAACCCCAAGCUUGAGGGACUGGAACAGUUAUCAUCUGCCAAACUAGCGUUAAUGAAACUCCGGGCAAGAAAACGAGAACAAGAGCAGUCAGACUCACAGAUCAUUUCGAUCUCCCACCGAGGCCUCACCGUUGAAAGCAAGACGAGUGAAGAUCAAGUUUUGGAAGACAUCCAGUGCAUGGACGUUUUGCCCACGGAAGAGACAUCCGUUACCACAGCUUCAGAUCCAUUGAUUUUAGCUGAUACCGCCGAAUUUGGACCUUCGCGUCAGAAUAAUACUAUCGAGACAGUUGACGCGGAUCACGUUGAAGAAACAGAACCACGAGCCAAGAUUUCGGAGAAAUUGUCUCAGAAGCAGCUGCUGCGGUUACUACUCAUACCAAAAGGCCAGAUUCAACUUUCUGUCUUCUCAACCAACACAAAUUCACCCGCUCCCAAGUUCAGCGUCACCAUUGAUCAAUCAAGAUCAGUGAUCGAUCUGAUGGCUUAUAUCUCUUCUCAACCCGAGUUUUCUGAUGAAUCAGAAUACCAUUCUCUGUGGCUUCAAGAUCCAGAUGGCAAUACAGAGAGGGAGAUUUCAAAACAAGGAACCAUCAAGGAAGCCAAAUUACAAACAGGUGAUCGACUAAGGUUCGGAACUCGAGCAAAAAGUACGAGACGAAAGACAAGGAUGAGUGUGAUGUCGAAAUUGUUCAAGGAAGAAGACGAAGCGAUGCUUCCUAUGACUCCCCAGAUGAGAGACGAAACCGAAAAAAGUCUGACUAGACCAGGUGUCGCAAUUAGGAAGAGAGGAACACUUAAUAUAAGUUCCAUAUCGAGGCGUUCAGGAUUGCCGGGAAGUCCUGCACGCCUUGGAAGUUCUAGAAUACCACCAGGAUCUGUGAAGCCAUCUGUUAAUUUGUCAAAGUAG